AUGACCCAGCUGACCAUUUAUGACAUCGCUUCGUUGCUCUUACAGUUCUACCCCGGUAUGGGAGCAUGUGGCUGGCACAGCAGCAGCAGCGACUACAUCUUCGCCAUCUCCGCACACGCCUGGAGCGGCGGCAACAAGUGUGGCAAGUCAGCUAGGAUCUGCCACGGCUCCAAGUGUGUCACUGCCAAGCUGGUCGACGAGUGCCCUGGCUGCUCUUCUGGAAGCCUCGACCUCUCCCCUGCUGCCUUCAAGAAGCUGGCAUCGCUCAGCACCGGCCAGGUCAACAUCAAGUGGCACUUCACCUAA